GUGCGUCCCUGUGUGCACGAGUGAGUCUCUUUCCGUGCCGGCGCUGGCCGCUUGGUCGUCUGCGGGGUAGGGGUAGUGAAUCUAGUGAUUGACUGGAUUCCCCCUCGGGCGCAACGACACAGGGCGAGGAUGGCGAGCUCCAUGGCAGGCGACCUGGUUCCCCGCCCAGAGAAGGUCCCCGCGAUUACUCGCUUGCACAGCACGACGGAUCGCGUGAAAAAUGCCAUCUCGGAGUAUCGGAACGCGAUCACGCAUCUUCUCUCCCGCUACGUGGCGAAUGGGAGGCGCAUGCUUCAGCCACACGAGCUGACGAGCGAGCUGGACCGCCUGGCCGAUCUCGAGUGCUUCGCUGGUAUGAACAUCAGUGAGAGCGCUUUCGCGAAGCUCAUACGGGCGACGCAGGCGGCUGUCGUGAUCCCUCCUUGCAUCGCGCUGGCAGUGCGGCCACGCGUCGCCGAGUGGCAGUACAUUCGCGUGAACGCCUUCGAUCUCUCUGUGGAGCAGCUCAGUCCCUCGCAGUACUUGGAGUUCAAGGAGCGUGUGAAGACCGGCGACGACGAUCAGCUUGCUCCUGUGUGCAAGGACCUCGCCAUGCUGGAGAUUGACAUGGAGCCCUUCAAUGCGAGCUUCCCGAGACUUACCCGCCCCUCGUCGAUCGGCGAGGGCGUGUCGUUCCUGAACAAGCACCUGGCUACACGGAUGUUCAAGGGGCCCGCGGAGCUUCAGCCUCUGCUAGACUUCCUGCGGACCCACAAGUGCGUCGGGGAGACUCUGAUGCUGAACGAGCGCAUCGACACUCUCGAGAAGCUCCGCAGCAACCUCGCCAAGGCGGAGGAGUACUUGGGCGCCCUUCCUGUUGACACGCCUGUUGGGAGCGUGGCGACCACGCUGCAGGAGUUGGGCUUCGAGCGCGGUUGGGGUGACACGGCCGGGAGGAUCAAGGAGAUGCUGGACAUGCUGUCGGACCUGAUGCAGGCACCGGACGCUGACUUGCUGGAGAAAUUCCUUGCUCGCAUCCCACUCGUCUUCAACGUCGCCAUCAUGUCGCCACACGGCUAUUUCGGGCAGGCCAACGUGCUCGGUCUGCCUGACACCGGCGGGCAGGUGGUGUACAUUCUGGACCAGGUGAAGGCGCUGGAACGGGACCUGCUGAAGCACAGCAAGCAGCAGGGACUGAACUUCAAGCCCCAGAUCAUUGUGCUGACGCGGCUGAUUCCAGACGCUCAGGGAACGUCCUGCAACCAGAGGAUCGAGCACAUCGACGGCACACAGUACUCGAAGAUCCUUCGCGUGCCCUUCAAGAGCCCCAAGGACGGAAGCGUGCUGCGCAAGUGGGUUUCCCGCUUCGACGUCUGGCCCUACAUGGAGCAGUUCACGGAGGACUCCGUGCACGAGCUGCGCGCUGAGUUCGGCGGCAAUCCGGACCUCAUCAUCGGCAACUACAGCGACGGCAAUUUGGUGGCUGUCCUGCUCGCGCACAGGCUGAAGGUGACGCAUUGCACCAUCGCCCACGCGCUGGAGAAGACCAAGUACCCCAACUCCGACCUCAACUGGAAGGAUCUCGAAGAGAAGUACCAUUUCUCUUGCCAGUUCACGGUUGACCUGAUUGCCAUGAAUCACGCCGACUUCAUCAUCACGAGCACGUUCCAGGAGAUCGCCGGGCGGGCUGACACCGUGGGGCAGUACGAGUCUCAUCUGGCGUACACAAUGCCGGGGCUGUACCGCGUUGUGAACGGCAUCGACGUCUUCGAUCCCAAGUUCAACAUCGUCGCCCCUGGCGCCGACGCCGACACUUACUAUCCCUACUUCAUCAAGGAGAAGAGGCUGACGGCGUUCCACCCGGAGAUCGAGGAGCUGCUGUAUGGGCCGACGGAGGACGACAAGCUGUGCCGCGGCGUGCUCAAGGAUAGGAGCAAGCCCAUCAUCUUCACCAUGGCGCGUCUGGACAAGGUGAAGAAUCUGACGGGGCUGGCAGAGAUGUUCGGCAAGAGCCCGCGCCUGCGCAAGCUGGUCAACCUGGUCAUCGUGGGAGGCUACAUCGACCCGUCUCUGUCCAUGGACAGAGAGGAGGUGCACCAGAUMAACGAAAUGCACGCCGUCAUUGACAAGUACGGGCUGGACAAGGGCGACAUGCGGUGGAUCGUGGCACAGAAGCACCGGAUGCGCAACGGAGAGUUGUACAGGUAUAUCGCCGACACCAGGGGCGCUUUCAUUCAGCCGGCGUUCUACGAGGCCUUCGGUCUCACAGUGGUGGAGGCCAUGACCUCGGGGCUGCCGACGUUCGCCACCUGUCACGGAGGCCCCGCAGAGGUCAUCAAGCACGGCGUUUCGGGAUACCACAUCGACAUGUACCGACCGGAGGAGGUGGCGGACUUGAUCGCCGACUUCUUCGAGAGGUGCAAGACGGAUCCAAGCGAGUGGGAGAGUCUGUCGAAGGCGGGACUGGAGAGGAUCUACAGUAAGUUCACGUGGGAGAUCUAUGCGGAGAGGCUGAUGACUCUCUCCCGUGUCUACACGUUCUGGAAGUUCGUGUCCAACCUGGAGAGGAGGGAGUCGAGGAGGUACAUCGAGAUGUUCUACAAUCUCAUGUACAGGGACCGUGUCCAAACGGUGCCCGUCGCCKCCGAGCGAUGAUGAGUAGAAGCUGGCAAUCAAAGUKAGAUCACCGC